AUGACAUCUGAAGAGCGAGUCCCAAAUCGCCGGCAACACCAUUCCCCAAAAGUGAUCAACACCUUCCACCAGCCUAGAACUCCCACGUCUGGGCAAGUUGGGGGCUCCCGAUUUCCUCAAGCCGGUCGCCGCGUGCGUCAGGCUGGUGGAAGGGGCACCGAAUUUGGAAGGAAAGCCGAGGUCCUUGUCCCACCGUGGGGUCUCCUCUCUGAGCCUCCCAUUCCGCGUGUGUGGAAGUUCGGUGGGGACCUUCCGCCAACCACCUCGCGGCCUGGCUGGCAGCAGGCUCCGACCUUCCGCUCUCCGUCCUCCCCUCACGACCCCCGGGCAUCGUGUCACCCACCGCGCCCCUCGGCCACGCACCCCAAAAGUCCCCCCGGAGUGAACGCAUGCGGGGCCCGUCCGGGGACCGUGACGCCGGCGACCGUGACGUCGGUGGCCCACCGUGCGUCACGGGCAAGGCAGGCGCCGGAAACUUUCCCACCCGCCACCCGGAGACCACCCGGCUGGCCCCGUCCGCGGCCUCCCCACGCCCGCGGGGAACGGCUCUUCCGAAACGAACCCAGGGAGGCUCCGCCGCUUCUGCGGAGCCCGGAAGAGCCACCAUGGCGCUCGCACAUCCGAGCUGACGCCCCGCAUGGGGGCGCCAGGACCACCGCGUCAGCCAGGGCCCGAGGCCCCUGCCGCAGCCACAGCGACGGCCCACGAGAACCUCUUACCUCCCGCCAGGGCGCCGGAGGCCAGCCGGUACGCACGGCGCAGGCGCGAGCGCGACGAGGCGGGGCGUCGCGAGGGGCGGGCCGGGCUAAGCUCCGCCCCGUCCCCGCCCCGUCCCCGCCCCGCGAGAUGGACGGGCGAGGGCGGGCGCGCAGGGGACAACAAACACCGAAAUGCAGUACGACGGGGCGGGCUGGGGGCUGCCUGCCCCGCCUCUGCUCCGCGAGGAGCCCUUGGGGGUUUCUUCCUAAAGAGCCCUGCCAACCCCAGCCCACAACUGUAUUAGAAAUUUUUAAAAAGUGA